AUGCGUAUCUACAAGGACAUUAUCUCUGGUGACGAAUUGUUGUCUGAUGCUUACGACCUAAAAUUGGUCGAUGGUGUCAUCUACGAAGCCAACUGUGACAUGGUCAAGGUUGGUGGUGACAACGUCGACAUUGGCGCCAACCCAUCUUCCGAGGGUGGUGACGAGGACGUCGAAGAAGGUACUGAGAUGGUCAACAACGUUGUGCACUCUUUCCGUUUGCAACAGACCGCCUUCGACAAGAAGUCGUUCUUGACCUACAUCAAGGGCUACAUGAAGGAGAUCAAGAACAAGUUGCAGGAGACCAACCCAGACGAGAUCUCGACCUUCGAGAAGGGUGCUCAAGCCUACGUCAAGAAGGUUGUUGGCUCUUUCAAGGACUGGGAAUUUUUCACCGGUGAGUCCAUGGACCCCGAUGGAAUGUUGGUUCUUUUGAACUACCGUGAAGACGGUACCACUCCAUUCGUGGCCAUCUGGAAACAUGGUGCCGAAGAGGAGAAGAUCUAA